GUCUUGAUGACUGUUUGCAGCAGUAUAUUAAGAACUUUGAGAGGGAGAAGAUCAGUGGAGACCAGCUGCUGCGCAUUACGCAUCAGGAGCUAGAAGAUCUGGGGGUCAGCCGCAUUGGCCAUCAGGAAUUGAUCUUGGAAGCAGUUGACCUUCUGUGUGCACUGAAUUAUGGCUUGGAAACAGAAAAUCUAAAAACCCUUUCUCACAAGCUGAAUGCAUCUGCCAAAAAUCUACAGAAUUUUAUAACAGGGAGGAGAAGGAGUGGCCAUUAUGAUGGGAGAACCAGCCGAAAAUUGCCAAAUGACUUUCUGACUUCGGUUGUGGAUCUGAUAGGAGCAGCCAAGAGUCUGCUUGCCUGGUUGGACAGGUCACCAUUUGCUGCUGUCACAGACUAUUCAGUUACAAGGAAUAAUGUCAUACAGCUCUGCUUGGAAUUGACAACAAUUGUGCAACAGGAUUGUACUGUGUAUGAAACAGAGAAUAAAAUUCUUCAUGUGUGUAAAACUCUUUCUGGAGUCUGUGACCACAUCAUAUCCCUGUCAUCAGAUCCUCUGGUUUCACAGUCUGCACACCUAGAAGUGAUUCAGCUGGCAAACAUCAAACCAAGUGAAGGGCUGGGUAUGUAUAUCAAAUCAACAUAUGAUGGCCUCCAUGUAAUUACUGGAACUACAGAAAAUUCACCUGCAGAUCGGUGCAAGAAAAUCCAUGCUGGCGAUGAAGUGAUUCAAGUUAAUCAUCAGACUGUGGUGGGGUGGCAGUUGAAAAAUUUGGUGAAUGCACUACGAGAGGACCCGAGUGGUGUUAUCUUAACUUUGAAAAAGCGACCUCAGAGCAUGCUUACCUCAGCACCAGCUUUACUGAAAAAUAUGAGAUGGAAGCCCCUUGCUCUGCAGCCUCUUAUACCUAGAAGUCCCACAAGCAGCGUUGCCACGCCUUCCAGCACCAUCAGUACACCAACCAAAAGAGACAGUUCUGCUCUCCAGGAUCUCUACAUCCCCCCUCCUCCUGCAGAACCAUAUAUUCCCAGGGAUGAAAAAGGAAACCUUCCUUGUGAAGACCUCAGAGGACAUAUGGUUGGCAAGCCAGUGCAUAAGGGAUCUGAAUCACCAAAUUCAUUUCUGGAUCAGGAAUAUAGAAAGAGGUUUAAUAUUGUUGAGGAAGAUACUGUCUUGUAUUGCUAUGAAUAUGAAAAAGGAAGAUCAAGUAGUCAAGGAAGACGAGAAAGCACCCCGACUUAUGGCAAGCUACGACCUAUAUCUAUGCCAGUGGAAUAUAAUUGGGUGGGGGACUAUGAAGAUCCAAAUAAGAUGAAGAGAGAUAGUAGAAGAGAAAACUCCCUACUCCGAUAUAUGAGCAAUGAAAAAAUUGCUCAAGAAGAAUACAUGUUUCAGAGAAACAGCAAAAAAGACACAGGGAAGAAGUCUAAAAAGAAGAGUGAUAAGAGUAAUAGCCCGACUCACUAUUCAUUGCUACCUAGUUUGCAAAUGGAUGCACUGAGACAGGACAUCAUGGGCACGCCUGUGCCAGAGACCACACUAUACCAUACAUUUCAGCAGUCCUCACUGCAGCACAAAUCAAAGAAGAAAAACAAAGGUCCUAUAGCUGGCAAGAGCAAAAGACGAAUUUCUUGCAAAGAUCUUGGCCGGGGUGACUGUGAAGGUUGGCUUUGGAAAAAGAAAGAUGCAAAGAGUUAUUUUUCACAGAAAUGGAAAAAAUAUUGGUUUGUCCUAAAGGAUGCAUCCCUAUAUUGGUAUAUUAAUGAGGAGGAUGAAAAAGCAGAAGGAUUCAUCAGUCUGCCUGAAUUUAAAAUUGAUAGAGCCAGUGAAUGCCGCAAGAAAUAUGCAUUCAAAGCCUGUCAUCCUAAAAUCAAAAGCUUUUAUUUUGCUGCUGAGCAUCUUGAUGAUAUGAACAGGUGGCUUAACAGAAUCAAUAUGCUAACUGCGGGAUAUGCAGAAAGAGAGAGGAUUAAGCAAGAACAAGAUUACUGGAGUGAGAGUGACAAGGAAGAAGCAGAUACUCCAUCAACACCCAAACAGGACAGCCCUCCACCGCCCUACGAUACAUACCCACGGCCUCCGUCUAUGAGUUGUGCCAGUCCUUACGUGGAAGCAAAACACAGCCGGCUCUCGUCCACUGAGACCUCCCAGUCACAGUCCUCCCAUGAGGAGUUUCGACAGGAAGUGACCGGGAGCAGUGCGGUGUCCCCCAUUCGCAAGACAGCCAGUCAGCGCCGCUCCUGGCAGGAUUUAAUCGAGACGCCCCUGACAAGCUCAGGAUUACACUAUCUUCAGACUCUGCCCCUGGAGGAUUCUGUCUUCUCUGACUCCGCGGCCAUCUCCCCAGAGCACAGGCGACAGUCCACUCUUCCAACUCAGAAGUGCCACCUACAGGAUCACUAUGGGCCGUACCCCUUGGCCGAGAGCGAGAGGAUGCAAGUGUUAAAUGGAAAUGGGGGCAAGCCUCGAAGUUUUACUCUGCCUCGAGAUAGCGGGUUCAACCACUGCUGUCUGAACGCACCGGUUAGUGCCUGUGACCCGCAGGAUGACGUGCAGCCCACAGAGGUGGAGGAAGAGGAGGAGGAGGAGGAGGAGGAAGGGGAGGCGGCAGGGGAAAACAUAGGAGACAAAAGUGAAAGUAGGGAAGAAAAGUUAGGAGAUUCAUUGCAAGAUUUAUACAGGGCAUUGGAGCAAGCCAGUCUGUCACCGCUGGGAGAACACCGCAUUUCAACCAAGAUGGAAUACAAGCUAUCAUUUAUAAAGAGAUGUAAUGACCCUGUGAUGAAUGACAAACUACACAGGCUGAGAAUUCUCAAAAGCACUUUAAAGGCCAGAGAAGGGGAAGUAGCCAUUAUUGAUAAAGUCCUAGACAAUCCAGACUUGACAUCUAAAGAAUUCCAACAAUGGAAGCAGAUGUACCUGGAUCUUUUCUUGGAUAUCUGUCAAAACACCACCUCAAAUGACCCAUUAAGUAUUUCUUCUGAAGUAGAUGCAAUCACUUCCUCUCUCACACACACUCACUCGUACAUUGAAACACAUGUGUAAGUGUAUUCUGCCCUCUGGCCAUCUGGUACCUUCUGGCACUUUGAACAAGUGUAUGACGUAGUUUUAUAUCAGUGUGGGGCACUUGACAAGCUAAACUUUAAUGUUACCAAACCAUAUGAAACAAACCAUAUAUGGUC